AUGAAAUAAAUCAAUUAAUUAGAUGCUUUGCCCUAUCAUCAAAUUGAAGAUUAUUUAAUCAUUUAAAUUGAUAUUUAAAAUAUUUAAUUAANGGCUAAAAGUAAAAAAGGUAUAUUAUAAUAAUUUAUUUUAAUAGCUGAAUGUGAAAAAUAACUCAAACAAAAAUAGUGA